GUCGCAAGUUCGUGAAAGCAUCACGCCAGCCACUACUGUUUGCGGUACAGCCGCAGUCCUCCGCCGUGGAAAAGGGGAGUUGUUGUCAUCUGGCCGGCUGCUGUGUCGACCCUUUUGUCCAGGGGAAAUGGCUGGGAUUAAAGCUCUCAUCACACUGUCCUUUGGAGGGGCCAUUGGUCUCAUGUUCCUCAUGCUGGGAUGUGCCCUGCCCGUGUAUGACAAAUACUGGCCGCUGUUCCUCCUCUUCUUCUACAUCCUCUCGCCCAUCCCGUACUGCAUCUCGCGGCGGGUGGUGGACGAAGCCGACUCGGCCAGCAACGCCUGCAAAGAGCUGGCCAUCUUCCUCACGACGGGUAUCGUCAUCUCGGCCUUCGGCCUGCCCGUCGUAUUUGCCAGAGCUGACGUCAUCGCUUGGGGGGCGUGUGCGCUCGUACUGACGGGGAACAUCGUCAUCUUCGGGACCAUCCUGGGCUUCUUCCUGGUCUUCGGGUCCAAUGACGACUUCAGCUGGCAGCAGUGGUAAAGCAGCAGAGGGUCAGGGGCGGGGAUACUUAAGUCUGUUAAGUUUUUAUUGUUAGCGUUAUUAUAAUUAUAGUUACUUCUUGUUAUUUAUAUGAAUGGCAGUCUGUCUGUAGACCCACUCAAAAACUCGUGCAAUAUUUAGUUGUCCUUUGACCGCCUGCUUCACGUCGAACUGGGACCACGUGCGGACUUCCUCGUCUUACGGGACUUCUUCUACGACUGGAGUGUUUUUACAUCCGAAUCUGCUGCUGUGGUAUUUUGAGUGUGAGCGAAAGUUCAAGCCUGUGAAAAUCCUGAAAACAAUGCCUGGAGACAUGUCUGACCUUAUAAGGCAACGUCAGGGCAGUGAGCCGUGACUCCAGUCCACUAGGUGGCAGUAAAGUACCUCAAUGCUGGUUUGCCAACUGCUGACAGACUUUUAAUAACAAAAAGUAGAGACUGUAAAGUACAAUAUGAUUUCAUUGUGAUAUUUUGCCAACAUUAGUAAUAAUAUGAUACCGCAAAUAUGAGACAAAUAAUACAGUGGUACCAAGGUUUCAGUUUGUUUUACCAUCAUGUAAAUCUAAGCUUUUCCAGACACACACAAUAUUUAUUAGCUAAUUAUUGAAGUUGUACAUGCAUAAAACAAUGUGAAAUACAUAUAAAUGACAGUGAUGAGCAGAGAGCCCUUCGUAUGUAGUUUUUUCUUCAAUUCAAUAGUGUUUCUCGCUUUCUUUAUCAAAGUGAUGGCACUCGCAACUUUCUUUGGCCCCACAAUGGAUUCAUAAAAUCAAUUAAAAAAAAAAAAAGCACAGACUGAGCCACCGACACAUGGUGUUCUUUGUUUGGGCGUUCUGCGGAAUAAUAUGCAGGCAAAGGGGCUAAUGUGUGGCCGUACAACAACUGACACCUGGGCACAAUUUUUAUCGUGGGUCGUAUGAAAACCGAGGUACCACUGUAUGUAUUUCCUAAAAAACCUAAUGCUUGUGUACUUUUAACAUGUUGAAAUGUUUAAGCAGACUUGUGUGUUUGCAAUUCUCUCUAUCUAUGAUUUUCUUAGCUUAUAACAGCUGGCAAAGUAAAAAAAACAAAAACACUUUUCCUGAAAGCACACAUUAUGAUCAAAACAUUGUGUUUGUAUUUUACAUUAAAACCCACAAAUAGAAAUGACUGAAACAUUACUGCCAGAUCAUCAACAUUGCACAUAAAAGCGUGUCCGUCCUGAGAUCGGUAGGUUGGGAGUUCAAAUCCCGGCCGAGUCAUACCAAAGACUUUAAAAAUGGGACCCAUUACCUCCCUGCUUGGCACUCAGCAUCAAGGGUUGGAAUUGGGGGUUAAAUCACCAAAAUGAUUCCCGGGCGCAGCCACCGCUGCUGCCCACUGCUCCCCUCACCUCCCAGGGGGUGAUCAAGGGUGAUGGGUCAAAUGCAGAGAAUCAUUUCGCCACACCUAGUGUGUGUGUGACAAUCAUUGGUAUUUUAACUUUAACUUUAAAAGUACUGAGAAAUGACAUGAAUUGAAGUGCUUCAAAAUAGACUCAUCAAGAAGUACUUUGCCAAGAAAAUGUGUACUUGCUUGAUUAAUAGAAUAUCUUCAAAGUAUCUCAGCAAUCCCUGAAAAUCCCCCCACCCCUCCGACCCAUUUUGUUGUCUGCUUCCAGCAACAAUUGCAGUCUUCAUAGUGCACUAAAACACAAUUGUUUCUGCUCUUUGUAGUUAGACACAUCGGAGAAGGCAUUGAUUGUACUCACAAGCAUUAAUGACGGCAGCUCUGUGAAAACUACUGACUUUGUUGCAGAAGGCAAUAAACACUCCAUGUUGCUUCCCCGUGGCAAAUCUCAAACUAAAAACUUCGGUCAAACUCGUCCAAUGUCGGAAUAUUUGUUGUGUAUCUGUCGGAUGGGCCUCUGCUUGUGUUACUGUUUUAGCAGUUUCUUCCCACACCUGCAUUAUUGUUGUGUUUAUUUAUUAUUUGAUAGGUCAUAUUACAUGUUCAAUGCUUUUUUUUUUUGGAAACAGAAUUCAGCAUGGUGGAGUUUCUUUUUUCUAAUAAAUGCAUUUUGGAACAUC